UAGGGCCCGUGGGAGACCUUGCUGCUCGGGUUUAAUUAUCUUGUUGAAGUGUGUGGAGCUGUGUGGUCGGCCGCGUUGUUUAUUCUUGGCGUUUGCGGAGUGUGCGGUCUCCAUUCUGCGCCGUUGGGGACAGGGAAACAAGCGGUUCUGUAGGGGACAGAUUUGGGGAGCCCUAGAGUGCCUUACAGCAGGCUGCGGCCGAGCGAAGUGGGCCAUUGCAGACAGGGUUCGAACCCUCUUGGUCCAGAGCUGGGCCUACGGAGGCCUGGGGUGGGGGCAAUGCUGGGGGCCCGGUGUCUUUUCCGAGCUCUGCGCUCUUGCUCGUCCGCGCCCUGCCCGAGACACAGACCUUCAUCCAAACUGAGCGUGCGGGACGCUCUCAGGUCCCAGAACACGAGUGGGGAGCGCGUUAAGGUCCAGGGAUGGAUUCGUUCAGUCAGGUCCCAAAAGGAGGUCUUGUUCCUACAUGUAAAUGACGGGUCAUCUUUGGAAAGCCUUCAAGUUGUUGCAGAUUCAGGCUUUGAUAGCAAAGAAUUGGUUUUUGGAAGUUCUGUGGAAAUCCAAGGGCAGCUGAUAAAAAGUCCAUCCAAAAGGCAAAAUGUAGAACUGAAGGCAGAAAAAAUUAAAGUUAUUGGGAAUUGUGAUGCCAAGGCAUUCCCUAUCAAAUAUAAAGAGAGGCAUCCUCUGGAGUACCUGAGACAGUACCCUCACCUUAGGUGUAGGACAAAUGUUCUGGGAUCUAUAUUGAGGAUUCGCAGUGAAGCCACAGCUGCUAUUCAUUCCUUCUUUAGGGACAGUGGGUUUGUGCACAUUCAUACCCCAGUAAUUACAUCCAAUGACUGUGAGGGGGCUGGAGAGCUUUUUCAAGUUGAGCCUUCAAGCAAAAUAAAGGCACCUGAGGAGAAUUUCUUCAAUGUUCCUGCUUUCUUAACUGUCUCGGGACAACUUCAUCUAGAAGUGAUAUCAGGAGCUUUUACUCAGGUGUUUACCUUUGGUCCAACAUUCCGAGCUGAGAAUUCUCAGAGCCGGAGACACCUGGCAGAGUUUUAUAUGGUAGAAGCAGAGAUUUGUUUUGUUGAGAACCUUCAAAAUCUCAUGCAGGUUAUAGAGGAUCUCUUCAAGUCUACAACAAUGAUCAUUCUCUCAAAUUGUCCUGAAGAUGUUGAACUUUGUCACAAAUUCAUAGCUCCUGGCCACAAGGACAGAUUAGAACAUAUGCUAAAAAACAACUUUUUAAUCAUUUCUUACACGGAGGCCAUAGAGAUCUUAAAGAAAGCAUCCCAGAACUUCACCUUCACCCCAGAGUGGGGUGUUGAUCUACAAACUGAACAUGAGAAGUACCUGGUGAAGUACUGUGGCAACAUUCCGGUCUUUGUCACUAAUUAUCCACUAGCACUCAAGCCUUUCUACAUGCGGGACAAUGAAGAUGGUCCUCAGCACACAGUUGCAGCUGUUGAUCUUCUAGCACCUGUGGUUGGGGAGCUUUUUGGUGGCAGCCUCAGGGAGGAACGGUACCAUAUCUUAGAACAGCGACUGGCCAGAUUAGGACUUACAGAAGCCUACCAAUGGUAUCUGGACCUUCGUCGAUUUGGAUCUGUGCCACAUGGAGGUUUUGGGAUGGGAUUUGAACGCUACCUACAGUGCAUCUUGGGAAUUGACAAUAUCAAAGAUGUUAUCCCUUUUCCAAGAUUUACUCAUUCGUGUGUUUUAUAACUGAAAGUUUGGUUAACAAAUAGUUCCCUGGGACAUAGGCACUAUACAUGUAUAUGAAUAAAUAAGACUGCAUUUUUUAAUUUU